CCCCUCUCUCCGUGUCUCUACUCUCUCUCCCCCUCUCUCCAGAUCCUGACUCAGGAGGACUGGAAUGUGGUGUUGUAUAACGGCAUGGCCUCCACCUCUCCCCUGGCUGCUCUCUACUUCAUCACUCUCAUGACCUUCGGGAACUACGUCCUCUUCAACCUGCUGGUGGCCAUCCUGGUGGAGGGCUUCCAAGCUGAGGGGGAUGCCAACCGUUCAGACUCUGAUGAGGAGAAGAAGUCUGACAACUUUGAGGAAGAGGAGAAGGUGGAGCAGCUCCGAGACUCAGAGCUGAAGAUGUACUCUCUGAUGAUGAAGGCCAACGGCCACAUAGAUCCACGUGGCAUGUUGGCUCCUCCUAUUAUUCUGCGAACAGCAGCCACACCCAUGCCCACACCCAAGAGUUCAUUGGGCCCUGAGUCCCUUCUAGGGGAGGGGUUUAUGUACCAAGAGGAGGGGCUUCUGUACGGAGAGGCGGGGUUGGGCUUCGCUGGAGAGUCUCGUCGUGGUAGCUCCGCCUCCAUUGAUCCCUCAGCCUAUGACCAGCGAUCUCUGUCCAGCCCUGGCCGGCGCUCCCCCCUGGGCCCCCGGGCCUCCGGCAGCUCCCCCCUGGGCCCCCGGGCCUCCGGCAGCUCCCCCCUGGGCCCCCGGGUCUCCGGCAGCUCCUGGAGCAGCCGCAGGUCCAGCUGGAACAGCCUCGGACGAGCCCCCAGCCUCAAGCGCAGGGACACCAGCGGAGAGAGGGAGAGCCUGCUGUCUGGGGAGGGAGGGGAGGAGGAGGAGGCUGGAGCACGGGGCAGGGGACACCCGGGGUCCUUGGAGCUGCUGCAGGCAUCCUCCCUGUGCCCGUCGGGAGGAGGCGAGUAUGGGGACUGUAACGGCCGGAGCCUCCACGUGACCUAUGACGCCAACAUCCAUCCUGACCUGGGGAAAGAUGACUCCUCUCCUGAGGAUGACAUGGAGGACGAUAGCAUGUGUUUCCGGGUCAGGAGAAUGCUGCGCAGCCACAAGCCUCUCUGGUGUACAGAGCAUGAAGACUUUACUCUCUACCUGUUCUCCCCAGAGAACCCGUGUCGUGUGUGGUGCAAGGGGCUGAUCUCACACAGGAUGUUCGAUCAUGUGGUCCUGGUCUUCAUCUUCCUCAACUGCAUCACCAUCGCUCUGGAAAGACCGGAUAUACUGCCCCACAGCACGGAGCGAGUGUUCCUGAGUGUGUCCAACUAUGUGUUCACUGUGAUCUUCCUGGCAGAGAUGGGGGUGAAGGUGGUAGCACUGGGUUUCUGCUGGGGGAAGCAGACCUACCUGCAGAGCAGCUGGAACGUUCUGGAUGGCCUGCUGGUGUUCGUGUCCCUGGUGGACACCCUGCGUGAGUGCAGGCCAGAGGAGCGCUCCUGUCUGUCCUACCUGCCCCUGGUGUCUCCUCUGUACUUUGUCACCUUUGUGCUGAUCGCUCAGUUUGUGCUGGUGAACGUGGUGGUGGCCGUGCUUAUGAAGCACCUGGAGGAGAGCAACAAGGAGGCCAAGGAGGAGGCCGAGAUGGACGCAGAGAUCCAGCUGGAGAUGGAGAGGGCCCGCCGGGUCAGCUCCGCCUCCAACACCAGCUCGCUGGGCGGGGACUAUGUGGGGCCACGCCCACACUCCCCCGGACAGGAGGAGGAAGUGAACUGCGUCCAAGAGGAUUUGCUGUCGCCAAGGAAGAUGUCUGUAUCCAGGAUGCACUCUCUGCCCAAUGACAGCUACAUGUUCCAGCCUGUCCACCCCACUAGCGCCCCCUACCUUCUGGAGGAGGUGGAACCUAGCCCACAGCACCAGCAUUCAGGCUCCGUGACGUCUAUCCACUCCCAGCCGUGUGAGGGGCGUGGCUUGUUGCAGGUUCCCAGCGUCUCCCCUCUCCCCUCCCCCUCAUCCCCCCCUGCUCCCCCACACGCCCUCACCCUUCCACGCAUCGCCCCUCCCAGGCCCAGCACCUCACCCAGGGCCCUGUGUAAACAGGUAGCUGUUAAGGUGGAUUCAGUUGAGUCCCCGGGCUGGGAGCAGCACCAAGACAGAGCAGAGUCCAUCCCCAGGCCUCCAGCCCCCCCCAGCGACCCCCAGGCCUCCCCCUGCCUGCCCCCCCGCCCCUCAGGCCUGCACAGGGCCUCACUCCGCUCUCCACCUUCCCUGGGCGACCCAGCUGACGAGGAGGUGUGUCACAUCACGAGCUCCGCCCACCAUCGGAGGAGGUACCAUGAGGGGCACGGUGGGCGCAGCCACUCCCUCUCCCCGUAUGCCACGCCCCUCUCCCCCUAUGCCACGCCCCUCUCUCUAGACCCCCCGCCUGCCCUGAGGAGCCGAGGCAGCGCGCUCAGUCUCCUGGGGGCGGUGCUUAGAGAGCGCGACCUCAGGAAGGGCUUCAGCGUGGACACACAGGGCUUCCUGGACACGCCCCCUGGUUGCCCUGAUGACCAUCGGCGCCACUCCAUCGAGAUCUGCCCCCCCCAGCCCCAGGAGGAGGAGCGGUUCGGGGGUGGUGGGAAGGGGGGUAGGGCCUUCCCUGUCAGGGUCCAGUCGGUGGGGGGGGGGCAUAGGAAGAAGAAGAUGAGCCCCCCCUGCAUCUCCAUCCAGCCGCCCCCAGACAGGGAGGAGGCCCCGCCCCCAGACAGUGAGGAGGCCCCGCCCCCAGACAGGGAGGAGGCCCCGCCCUCAGAGCUGUCUGACUGCAGCAUGAUGCUGAGGCGGAGGACCUCCUCAUUCCACACACACACCUCCGACCUCCCAGACACCCCCACACACACACUCCCGCCUGCGCACACCCCGACACGCACCCCCAAGCAGUCACACACACUGGCAGCCAUGUCUGGCCAUACACACACACACACCCUCACACACACACACCCCCUCACUCCUUCUAAAACCCAAGUAAACCCCUUUUUUCAGACUUCUACCCCUACCCCUACUCACAGUAUCUCUCUGUCUCACACACCCACACACAUGCUGUCUUCCACCUCAAGACACCCCUCCCUCUGCACUGACCAUGUGCCCCUCCCCCAGUUCACCUUUGACCAAUCAGAAGCCACAUAUGUGAGUGACUUGCCAACCGUUCUAUCAGACAGUGAUCCGGCCAUAUGUCCCUCCCCCUUUGACAACAGACUGGAGGGCCAGAAGGGGUUCAGCUCGAUGAACAGGAGGACUGCCCAGUGAGAGCUGAUCUUAAUAUUGUGAGGUGAAGGUGCUGGUUGCACCUAGCAUGGGCUGUGGCCAGCUCCCAGAGAGGAGGAGAGAGGAGGAGAGAG